AUGUCCUACAUCACAGCACAGUUCCCAACAACCACGCGUACACAUCCCAGGCUCGCACACACGUCGCCGCUGGUCACAUCCAUCCUCCAGCGGUCGUUCGCAUUGAUAGUCAUCGGCAACGCCAUGAUGGACUUGCUCACAUGGACAGGCAGCGACCCGGAGAUGAACGCUGUCUACUGGAUCACGGUAUAUCUCAGCGUGUACUACUUCCCCUGCUGUGCGUACUGGCUCCUCCUGUUCCCCCUGUUGGUGUUGGGCUACUGCAGCGUAAACUACUAUGUCAACUCGGUGUACCUGGACAUCAACUCCCAGGAGAAGCCCACGCUGGAGGAGAUCCUCAACGGGCUGGACAACCUGGUGACCAAGUGUGAGCUCGUGGCCUCGCCGCUGGUGGCCAUGGCGUUGCCGUGGCCCAGACUGCUCAGCUACAUCGCCAUCGUGACCCCGCUGAACGUUGUUAUGUUGAAAUGGGUCAUCUCGCUGAGGACAUAUGUCCUGCUGACGGUGAUCUUCGUGUCAACGUACCACUCCGUGUGGUUCCAGGCAUCGCUACGGAUCCUGUGGAGGUCUCAGCUGGUACGCAACGUGUGCUACUUCGUCGUAGGUUCGCACGUCUCCACUACGAGUAACAACUACAGGAUCAUCAACGGGAACAAGAACGGCAAGAUCAUCCAGUUCCAGAUACUGGAGCACCAACGCCGGUGGUUUGGCAUCGGAUGGAGCGACAAGCUGCUGCCGUAUGAGCGUUCAAACUUCACCAAUGAGGCAUUCCAGUCCACGUCGUCGCCGAAGGAGUUCCACUUCCCCUUCAAUUCGAAACAUUGGAGGUGGCUCCAGGAGGCAUGGCACGUUGAUCUGGAGUAUUGCAAGAACAAGAACAGCGAAGGCUGGGUCUACUACGACAACUACUGGCAGGCUCCCCAGUUCAACGACUCGCUGACGAGCUUCACCAGGAGUCGCCGGUGGACGAGGAAGGCUGUGCUGGUUACAGAGAGGUCAUCCAAUGUAUAA